AGGGGGAAGCAUCCCGGAGGCCCCGCCCCGUUCCCCUCAGCGGGCCGCCCCCACCGCCACCCCCUCCUUCGGGCCGUGUCAGGCGGCGGCCACCAGCGUGGAGCGCGGCGGCUCGUCCCGCCGGGCCCGCCAGCCGUCUGCCGCGCCGGGCUCGCCUGUUAGCCUGGGCCGCCGCUGCCUUCUCCUUCCCCGCCGGUCCGUCUAGCCCCGCCGCUGGGAGCCACCGCCAUGGCGGAGACCGAGGAGAGGAGCCUCGACGACUUCUUCGCCAAGCGGGACAAGAAGAAGCGGAAGGAGAAGAGCAGCCGAGGGGCCGCCGCCGCCUCCAACGCCGCCUCUAGCGCCUCGGGGGCGGCCGGAGGAGCGCGCCCGGCUGACGGCAGCGGCUCCGGGGCCGCCGCCUCCAACGCCGGCUCCGCCAAGACGGCGACCAAGGAAGAGGAUGAUUGGAAGGAGUUUGAGCAAAAGGAAGAAAUUGAUUAUAGUGGUCUUAGAGUUCAGUCCAUGCAAAUAAGUGAAAAAGAGGAUGAAAAAGAUGAUGAUGAAAGUGAAAAAAGAGAAGACCACGGUGACCACUGGGAGGAGACUGGCGGUGCUGUAGACAGAUCAUCUGGUCCUUGGAACAAGUCAGCUCCUGCACCGGCACCUGUCGUCGAACCAGUUGUUACAGAAGCCCCCGAGCCAGUUCAGACUGGUGGUGUCUACAGGCCUCCUGGUGCCAGGGAGGGUGGCAGGCCACGGAGAGCACAGCAAGGACCACCAGAAAUCUAUAGUGAUACGCAGUUCCCAUCACUGCAGUCCACCGCCAAGCUCGUAGACAGUCGAAACCUAACACAUUACUCGCUUUCUUGACUGCAACUACACAUUGAACAGAUGUCUUCAUCAAGCUGUCCAUGGUGAUGCCUAGAUCGUCCCCUUGAAAGAUCACAACUCACUCAGAAUCCACCAGAGCAUGUAUGAGUGGUUUAAAGCCUUUCCAGUAUUCACUGCCUUGGGUUUCUUUUCUCUCACCACUGAAUUGCCAAGUUUACAGAGGGAUUUAGCAUCCCCUGGCACUCACCACCUUCCCCAGUGCUGACAAACCUAACAACUUUCUACGGGCAUUAGCUUUUGCCAUCUGAUGUACUUAAGUCUUCAGUUUCAUGUGUAUAACCCACUCUCCCUACCAGUGGUUAGCGCAUGGCACACUCUUCCUAACUUUUACUUAAUCUGACCUUUUCUGUUCUUUCUUGUCUCCUGUAUUGAGUUUUCUUUCUAGCUCAGUUACAGCAUUGAAGUCAUCGAGUUAAAACUGCUUUAUUUCAAGUAAUUUGCCUACAGAAAACUGUUAAAAUGUCAUCACAAGCUUCCUUUUUUCCAUUAAAACAAAACACUUACCUUGUACCUCUUUCAGCGUAUGUACAACAAAAUGAUUCAAACCAUAAAAAGAGGCUGAUAAGAGAACAAAUACAUUGUGAAACAGGUAAAACAGUCUGAGUUUGAUCUCCCAGAGCUUAGUUUCAUGGGUUUCAGUGGAGUUAUUUCUGUCACUUGAGCCCAGUUUCAUUAAAACUUGAUUUAAGAUCUCACUUGAAGUCUAGAUACAGCAGCUGGAAGGGAGCACAAUGAACAAGCCCCAUAGCAAACUUGUUUGAAGUUUCUGGGUUACUCUGCUCCAUGUUUGUGUUCAUCAGAGAUGAACAGAUGUGUUACUUGGUCUCUGACCAGCAACCAGCUGCACUCAGCCAUGCUUAGUUGUACAUACCUGUUGUAGUAUUUAAUUGGUCUUUGAAAUUAGAUUACAGGCGUUGAGACGGAGAUGAGUGCAGCAACACUGGAGGACAAGCUUAGUCUUUGUGGUUUCAUCUUUUCACAUUCUCAUCUUGUACAUUAAAGAUGGUACAGCUGUAAAUAAAGUUAAGUCUUUAAGUGCUGACUGCAUUUACCAGCAAUGCUACAUUUAUAAAUACAAAGGGGAUGUCAUGAGGGAAGACUCAAGCCUGUUGGAAUGCAUAGCCUGCCACUUGAGAGCUGCACUGUCUCAAUACCGGAAUACUGCAUCAUAUACAACAGCUGCUGUCCAGUUCUAAUAAAGAUGGGUGGUGUGAAGAACAUACCUUGGAUUUUGCAUCCAAAUAGUGGCUGGUGUUCUGUUGCAGUACUACCAGUAUUCUGUUAAAAGCAAUUGUGGUGGCUGGUGUUUAUAAAGCUGGCAAAUCGGAGCUGAGGUGUUGGUUAAUUCUGAGGGGAUGAAGGGCAACAGAGCAGAUCAGCAGUAACUGAGAGUUGUCAGUGUAGUACUUCAUCCGUGUGGGACAGGGUAUGAAAGACUCCUCUCUGCUGCUACACUCCCCAAAGCCCUUUCUUGCCACUGUAAAUCCUCACUGUGUUAUCUACUAACCAACCCAUGACCUUCAGGACUGACUAGUUGGUUCUCUGACUGUGCACUGUCUUUAAUCUGGGAAUUAGGUAGAAGGCAAACUGGCUUUGUGAACUGGCAUGACAGUGUUUUCUAGACAAUUGGCUCUGCUGAUCUUUUUGGUUGGUUUGGCUUUUUUCUACAACUCAAAGCCCAGCAAAAAUCUCCUGAUUUGACCUUUUUUCACCCCAGAGCAUUCCCUUGUUUCGUUCAUCUACAUUAUUACCAUGCCAAAGAUUUCUAGUCAGGUGCCUGAAUUACCACUUUAGAAAUUCACUAUUUAGAGAGCUCUAUAAGCAAAAACUGAGUCUUGAUCACGCUGUAUUUCUUCAGUCAGGGCUCCCAGCAUCACAAACAUGGCUCCAUCUGUUGCAAAACUGCUUAGCAAGUAAAUGUGAUCUCCAUGGGGAAUUUAAACCUAGACCCUGAAAGGCUACAGAGGAGCCUAAUUCCCCGUGGAAUAGAGCAAAAUGAAGGCAGUAAGCACUGGUCACAGUACAGCAUGGUUCAGCUAUGAGAAGGAGUAGGGUUGCAUGACUGGUAACGUGCUAGCUCGAACAAAACUGGCUUGCCAGGAUAGCAGGGUCUGGCCUAAAGCCUCUUUAUUUUUUUAAUGAAGAGAUGACUGAGCGAAGAAUAGUCUCUGCAACUGAAAAAAAAUAGGAAACUGAAUUUGCUUUCAACAGUGUACCAGAAUGUCUCACCACCAGGCUGAACCUGAAGAAAUGAAGAUAAAGCCAUUUGAGUGCUCACUGUAAUACAAAAGAAUGAAUGAUACUGUCCGGUUGGGAAAAGGGGUGGCUGGGAGCCCCCUGAGCACAGCAGAAACUGCUUCAGCAAAGUCGAGUACAAUAUGAGAAUCCCUGUGUGGCCCUCACAGUUAACACAGGAACCUAAUGGUGCCUGUAUAUUUAUAUAUAUAUAUUUUAUAAUUUAAGUUCCAAACCUGAACUCUAUUUUAUUGGCAGUAGAUUUUUUUACCCUGGUUUACCUCUCAUGGCUUCUGCAGAUGACAACUGCAAACUGCGCAGUGCACUCACCCCUUGUUGCCCUUUUGUUAGAGGAAUGGUAUCAAACUCUGUAAAGCACUUUUGUGAUGUUUCCUGUGAAGAAAGCUGAAGAAAAUAAAUAGAUCUUAACAGCACCAACUGAA